UGAGUUACUUUAGCAGUGACCAAGUCUUAAAUUUUGUCUCAUUUUAUGUUUACCUGACGGACCAAGAUCAUUCUUAUCAUGAAGAAGAUAUUUGUGCUUUUGUUGUGUUCGUUUUUAGAAGUGUUUCAGGCAUGGGGGGACUUGAGUAAAAGUUUGAAAUAUUAUGAGACGUUCAAAGAUCUGCACGUCCAUAGCAUAUCCAAGAGAAGUUUAGAUCAAGAAUCAACGAUUAAAGACGUCCGCUUUACAACCUUAGGAAAGGACUUUCGGUUGAUUCUGCAGCAAAGAAAGCAUCUUUUGUCUCGUAACUUCAAAGCAGUGGUUCAAAGGGAAGAUGGCACAGAAGAAAAUUUUGCUGUAGAUCAAGGAUUGAUCCUCACUGGACAUGUAUUUGGAGAGGCCGUUUCUGAUGUCUCAGCAUAUUUUGAUUUCACUGAUGAUUACUCCCAAGUGAUCAGCGCCCACAUCCAAAUGCCAGAUGAAACCUACAUCAUCGAGCCAUCUGCAGGCCACUUGGAGGAGUCCGAUAACUACACAAUGAUAGCUUAUCGGGGCUCGGAUAUGCUGUACAGUUUCAAGAAAUCACACGAACAUGAUGGGAAGUUCUGUCAGUUUCUGAGGCCUGAGGGUGGUGUGGUUAUCCAGGAUGAGGGCCCAGAGCUGGUUGAUGUUGUAGAAGCUGGACCAGCGUAUCAUUUCUCCACCAAUCAUUCAAGUAAGAGUCGUUUCAAACGACAGACGUUUACACCUUUGAAGGAAACGUGCCCACUGCUAGUGGUAGCUGAUUACAAAUUUCACAUCCAUAUUGGAAAAGGGAAGGUUGAGAGAACUGCAUCGUACAUGAUAGGUGUGAUUGACCGAGUGGACAAGUUGUACAGAAGUACUGUGUGGGACCAGACGGAUGGGUUCUCUGGAGUGGGAUUUGAAAUCAAAGAGAUUAAGAUUCAUGAAGGGUACACAUCAGUAUCUGGUCAAGAUCUCCACUACAACAUGAAGAAAGAUGACUGGGACACAAAAACUUUACUUGAGGUGUUUAGUCGGAUGCCCAGUUACCGUGGUUACUGCCUCGCUCACCUGUUUACUCACCAAGCUUUUAGUGGGGGUGUAUUGGGCCUUGCAUACAUAGCCUCUCCCAGGACAAAUUCUGUUGGGGGUAUCUGCUCACCCUUGUACUUCAAGGACGGGUACCGAAUGAGCCUGAAUACAGGCUGGAGCAGCUCACUAAACACCUACGGCAACAAGAUCCUGUCUCAAGAGGCUCAGCUUGUCACAGCACAUGAAUUGGGUCACAAUUUUGGUAGUGAGCAUGACACAGACACAGCCCAGUGCGCUCCUUCAGCAAAGGACGGUGGGAAAUAUCUCAUGUACCCCUAUGCAGUCAGUGGCUAUGAGGCCAACAACAACAAAUUCUCCACUUGCAGCAAAGGCUAUAUCAACAAUGUUCUGAGGUUUAAGGCUGGUGGUUGUUUCCAAGUGAAGUCUGAUGCAUUCUGUGGAAAUGGGAUCGUGGAGCCAGGCGAAGACUGUGAUGCUGGGUUUAAGGGGAGAGGGGGAGAGGAUCCUUGUUGUGCCUCAGACUGUCACUUCAAGGAACCCGCAGUGUGCAGUGAUGCCAACCAGCCGUGUUGUCUAAACUGUCAAGCUGCUCCGGCCACUGUGGUUUGUGAGGAAUCAAACGUGAACUCCUGCAUCGGAGAGGCCAUGUGCACAGGGACCAGCUUUCAAUGCCCCAAACCUCCUCCUGUUGAUGACUUCACCGAAUGCAUUGAAAGGGGCAGCUGCAAGGGAGGCAAAUGUAUUUCCUUCUGUGAGGCCAAACAGAAAAUUUCCUGUUUGUGUGACAGUGUGGCUGAUUCCUGCAAAGUCUGCUGUAAAGAUCACAGUGAAGCUGACUGUGUUGUGUACGACCAGACAUUCUUACUGACGGACGGACGGCCUUGUGUACAGGGUUUCUGUCUUGAUGGAGUAUGCAAGAAGACCAAUGAAGAUUUUAUAUUCCGGGUCUGGGACAUCAUUGACAAGAUUACAGUGGACUCUUUUGUGCAAUUCAUGAGGUCUAACGUGGUCGGCACAGUUCUGAUUCUCUCACUUAUAAUUUGGAUCCCAGGGAGCUGUAUAAUCAGUUGUGUGGAUCGUCGACGUGAAAAGAAAGAAAAGGAGAGGCUAGAGUGGCUCAAUAGCAGGAAUCGAAUUCUGCUACGACCAGAAGAUAGGUUAUUCCAAGGACAUCACAUUAAAGACGUGCACAAUGUGAAACUUCCGCGACCCAAGGGUAGUAUUGUGCGAGAAACAAAGCAGCGGGGAUCCAGAGACACGCCCUUAUAAAUUACAUCAGGACAGCUUCACCAUGUGGGAACACUGCAUCGUAGUGAAAUUAAAAAAAAACAUGGGUGAUUUUAGAUUUUUUUUUUUUUGAUAUGAAUUUUUAGACUUUUGAUGUAUGUAAGUGUGUAUAUGUAUGCAUACUUUGCCUCUCUUAAUGUUUUACACUUUGAGAAAAUUUUUAAAAUAUUUGAACUUAGACUAAUAUUAAAAUAAUAUAUAAAUUAUAAUAAGUAAUUAUGUUGCUAUGACGCUGAUGUAAAAUACAUUCCCGUGAUGAAAUGCUAUCAUUCCUAAACAGGCAGAUGUUUCACGGUUAUACUGUACUUGUACAUACCCCUCGUGUCUUGUCCCUUCUGCAUAAAAAAGAAUAAAAUUAAAAAAAAAAUAAAUGAAAAUAAAUAACCUACAAGUUUUGGGUGCAAUUUAUAUUUGGAGAGUAUCACUUUGAUAGUUUUUUUUUUUUAAUUAACAAAUUAAUAUGAAUGUUUUCAGGUCUUAUUGUCAGAUACGUAGAAUCAUAGUAUGGUCAUGUAGUACUAAUUUAUUGAUGUCACUAAUUUGCCACCUGCAGCAGAUAUACCUCCCCAUUUUCGCAUAUGAAACAGCAGUGUAAUUUAUGCGCUUUUAAAAUUUGUUUUUUUGUAAGAAAAGUGCAUUGGUUGGAUUGACCAUUUUCAGGGCUUCGCAAAAAGUAUAACUUUAUCAGUCAACACAGAAUGAUGCCUGCAGAAUAUGUUUGGAUAGGAUAAACACCUUGCAAACAUGCCAAAAGGUUGAAGAAUUACAGUACAACAUAUGGUUAAUGACUGCAGAGUUUGGCCAGUAGCUAUGUGAACUCAUUUAUCAUGUUAACAUAUAGAGAUAAUGAGGUACAAAUUCUCCUGAUAUUAAUUGCUAA